AUGUCGGGCGAGUGGCUGCGGCGCUGGCGGCGGGGUGGCCCCGCUGAGCGCCCCGGCGGAGCCCCGGCAGCGGGGCCGGGCCCGCCGCCCCCGGCCCUGCCCUACCGCCGGCCCAAGUUCGUGCCCGGCGGCGGCGAGGAGGCCCCGCGGGGCGGGCGGGCCGUGAGGGGCGCCGCGCCCGAGCGGCCGCUGCCCUGGGGCGCGGGAUACGCCGAGGUUAUCAAUGCCGACAAGUCGGAGUUCAAUGAGGACCAGGCAGCCUGCUGUCAGAUCUCUGUCCGGAGGAGAGAGCCAGGCCUGGAGGAGGAUGAGGAAUGGCUGAUCCUGUGCUCCACACAGUUUCUGACUGGUCACUACUGGGCACUGUUUGAUGGCCACGGGGGCCCGGAUGCUGCCAUCAUUGCCUCCAACUAUCUGCACUACUGCAUCAAGCAGAAGCUGGAGGAGAUUGUGGGAGGCAUCACCGAGGCCCAGCCCCCCCUGCACCUCAGCGGACGCUGUGUUUGUGACAGUGACCCCCAGUUCGUGGAGGAGAAGCACAUCCACGCAGCAGACUUGGUGGUGGGAGCCCUGGAGAAUGCCUUCCAGGAAUGUGAUGAAGUCAUUGGCCAGGAGAUGGAAGCUACGAACCAGACAGGAGGUUGCACUGCUCUGGCUGCCCUUUAUUUCCAGGGAAAGCUCUAUGUGGCCAAUGCUGGGGACAGCAGGGCAAUUCUUGUCCUGAAGGACAGCAUUGUGCCCAUGAGCAGUGAGUUCACCCCCGAGUCAGAGAGGCAGCGAAUCCAGCACUUGGCUUUCCUUUUCCCCAAGCUCCUGGAUGGUGAAUUCACCCGCUUUGAGUUUCCACGGAGGCUGAAGGGAGAUGAUGUGGGCCACAAAGUCCUGUACCGGGAUUACUUCAUGGAGGGCUGGGGGUACAAGACGGUGGAGAAAGCUGACCUCAAGUAUCCUCUUGUCCAUGGUCACGGGAAGCAGGCUCGCCUGCUGGGCACUCUGGCUGUCUCUCGAGGCCUGGGGGAUCAUCAGCUCAAGGUCAUUGACACCAACAUUGAAGUCAAACCUUUCCUCUCCUGCAUUCCUAAGGUGAAUGUAUUUGACUUUGCUCUUCAUGACAUUAAGGAAGAUGAUGUCCUCAUCAUGGCAACUGAUGGCCUUUGGGAUGUUCUGUGCAAUGAGGAGGUGGCCCAUGUGGUCAGGAGCUUCCUUGCCGAAAACAGGACAGAUCCUCAAAGGUUUUCAGAACUGGCCAAGUGCUUGGUAUGCAGGGCAAGGGGAAAGAAGAGAGGCCACCAGUGGAUGCUGGAUGACAGCCACGAGGCAUCCUACGAUGACAUCUCUGUAUUUGUCAUCCCACUACACAACAGGGAGGAGGACUGACUGUCAGGAUGACACACAGCAUCUGUGCUCCCUUACUGUGAUGCCAUUCAGCAUCAGCCUGACACUGAGGGACUUCUGCUGCACACGGUGUACGCUCUCUUCCAGCAAAACCAUUUGCAGUGGAACCUGAAUUGCACAGCCAGCACUUGGCACAGGAUGAACAAGAUUAGCUCCUUAACAACAUGCAAGAGAAGCACAGUGGGCAACAAAUCACUCCCCUUUCUCAUUGCUGGACCAAGGAGAACCUGCAAAGGGGGCCAUGUGAACCAAAGGGCACUUUUCCUAAGAUCUUUGUGGUACAGUGACACUCAAAUCCAGAUUUCUACUGAUCCCUCUCCCUUUUUAAUAUUGAACAAUAAGGAUCAACUGAGAUCCAGCCAGUCUGAAGAGCUGGCUUUUAAUCAGACUGGAACUAAGCUGAACUGGAUGCAUAAGCUAAAGCAUGUCUCGUAUUCAUUUGCUGUAAGGUGAGAUGUGCUGAAAACCUGGGAGCUGCUGCCAGGACAGCACUGGGCACAGCCGUGCCUGGGCCAUGGGAAUGCUGGAGCAGUAGCCCAGAGCUCUUGAGACAGCUGCCAUUUGUAGGCAGCACCUCAGACCCAGAGGAUGUAGCCAGGUGAAGCUUCACCCUGGAGUACAGAAGCCUCCUGUGCAAAGAUAUGUGCCUUACUCUUAUUUAAGAACACUGACGUGUGUUAGUCACACAGUGUACAGAUUUCUAACAAAUCUUAAUCCAUACUUGCUGACACUUUCUCUAUUCAGGUAAUUUCUGGUAGCAAAGCAGGUUUUGUAGCAGCAGCACUGAGAACCAAGGUGUUCAGUGCAUCAGCUGAUUCAGUAGAAGAGCUCCAAGUAAAAUAAAACCGGUUUGUUGCAA